AACCCAUUCAAAACUUCCGGCACACGUGUUUGACAGAUUCAGGUGUCCCAAAAGCAGUUGGAUAUUUCGUGUGCACGCUUAAUAACUGAGAAAUCGAAUAAGCUGGACGGACUGACGAUUAGGCAAAUUGAGUAAAAGCAGACCGCGCAAGUUAGCAUCACGCGAUCACAGGGGCAUCAGCUUCAGAUCGGGGCGACAUUUUUGGCGCUGAUACACUGAUAAGAUACGUGUGGUCUGUCGAAGAGUUGUGUGGAGUGACCACCCAAAUGGGUAAGCAGGGCAGGACUAAGGGACAGAAACAGGCUAGGCAGACGACGGUUAAUCAGUCAAAGGGCAAGGCCAAGAAGGAGACUGCAGUGUUUAAGGUAGCCGGCGUGAGAAAGGCCAAGACAAAGAUGGUCAGCAGCAGUCUUAAAAAGUUAAAUGUUCAAACAAAGUCUAAAACGGAAGAAGCCAACAAGAAGUUCGACAGACUCAAGGAAACAUUAGCGUCAACACAGGUUACAAAACCACCCAAGAAGGUUCAGUCGGAAAUGAAGGGACCGCCACCUGAUGUCAGUGAAGCCGCAGAGGAGUUUGCUAAACUUUAAAGAUAGCUGAAGGAACUCACAAUACCUUAGAAGUCUACAGUCGGAGCUUAUGAGAGGUCAAAAAUAACUAGAACAUGGAGAAAUCCUGAAAGCUCUACACAUGAACAGUUUCACUAAAUUUAUGAGAUCGACAAAACAUUUUGAAUUGAAGUUUCGAGCGUACUGGUGUCUGGAACACCAUGGAUGUUCCUGAAAGAAUUAUUGUUGUUGAUCAGUGAAAUUCAUCCUUAGACAAUGUCCUGGUAAUAUUAUAAAAGGAAGAACGGCCCUUCUUCGCGACGACUUUGUCUCUCCUCUUACUACAAUACAUGUAGAACUUGUAUGGCAGAUGUACAAAUGCUGAAAUUAUCAGUUAUACCAGAUGGCUGCAGAUUAUUGUUUUAUGAGAUUGCUAUGUGAAUGUCGAUUUUAUAUUAACACAUAAUAUAAAUAUAAUCAUCUUAUAUUC